AUGCAAAUACUGAAGGGAAAGAAGGCGCAAAGCAAACUUAACCGAGGCAUCGAUGAGAAAAUCGAAAAGGCCAUUUCCGCGGCGAUGGAGUUAUAUACCUUGAUAGAGAAGCAGAGCGAGAAUAAGAACAAAAAGUAUCUGCAGAAAAUAUGCUCCAUUUGCGACACGCUGUCUCAUUUGUUAAUGAGAUACAACGAGGACAUCGUGGCUGAGCUGUGGCAGGAGGAACUACCCACGCCCAGGGAUGGUGACAUUGGCGGGGCUUCUGCCGAGGACACGCUGACCGAAGAUGAAGAACCCCGUAAAGAGAAGCAGCCACUUACAGAAAGGGAGCCUCAACGUGAAGAAACGAGUGGACCACUGGAUGGCACACAAUAUAGGGAAGGUGAAAAAAACGUGAAAGCAGCAAAAGACGAAGGUCCACAUUUGGAACGCUUCCCCCAUAGCGACAUUUUAGAAGACGAUUUUUCAACGCGAAACUGCAUCCGAUGUCUGUACGCGGCUGAUGAAUUGAACGAGACAGAAUACUUCGACCCACAUAGGAAGAUUAAGCCAUUCCGAUUUUUCCAAUUAGGAGAUAGAAAUUUGGCAUUGCAAAAUAGAAAAAAAUUGAGGAAAAAAUUUAACCGCAUUUGUCGGAGUAAAUCAUACUUAUUAAGACAAAGAGGAAGCAAUACCUCCUCUGCAGAUGGGUCCCUCUCGAAGGGAGGAAUGAACAAUUUAAGUGAUUUGAAACGUAUCCUUUUAGGGAUAAAUAGAACGGUCACCACCUUUGGCACCGAUAACAAUGGCAAUAUAAAUGCCACCAUUGAGUUCUUUACACCAUAUGGAGGGAGGGAGAAAAAUAUUAUCCACAUGAAUGAGUAUGAUUAUUUCUUCUGCAGCAGCAGUGACGAGUCAGAAGUGCAGGACAGCACAGACGGACAGCCACAGGACGGCAAAACCCAGAAAAAGAACCCCCUUUUCAACAGAAAUAACGUCUUCUACGUAGGAAAUAAAAAAAAAGUCAUACUGAAUAGGAAAAAAAAAGAAAAAAUAAUUUUCCAAAUGGAUCCCAAUGGUAUCUUAACAAAGGACAUUUUCAUAAAAGGGAAAAACAAUGAAAACGUUUUAAAAAAAUCGUUUAAGGAAAACGAGUGGUCAGAUGAUCAUGUCGACUUCUCCUACAUGAAUGAACAGAAAAAAAAAGAGAAAAUUGUCAUCACGAAAAGGACAGACGGGAUGUGCAAACGUCUAUUCCGGGACCACGAGCUGAAUGGCAAACAAGAAUUUUUCGACUUUUACAGAAGAGCCAUCUUCAACAUUAGAGAAGUUCAUCUCUACGACGAUGCGGAGGCCAUGGCGUUUCGCAUUCUCAAACGAAACCAAAUAGGGGACCAAAAAAACGGCGAAGAAGCAAAUCUUGGGAAAAAGGAGAAAAAAUGUAAAGGCGCAGAGAGAGGCAAGGUUGGCGGAAGCAAUCGCACCCCCGUCCACACCAAUGAAUGGUCUCUAGGAAAGGAAAAACGCUGCCCCGGGAGUAGCAAAGAAAAUUCCAUGGAGAGCAUCUUUUCCAAGCUGAAAAGGAGAAAGGAAAGAUACCUCAAAGCUAUCUACCUGUGCAGUGAUAAGGAGACGGGUCCGAUUAGGAAAUCGCAAAAUUUGAGACGGAUCAAAAUGCACCUUAAUGGGGGGGAGGGGAAGAAACAGCCAAUGGGGAAGAGGCUCACGGGGAAGGUACCCCUCGCCGAAAGGGUGAAAGCAGUCCAUCCGUUCCCCCCGCAGAUGGAUUCUCCCCUAUGGGAAAGCCAAAUCGGAAAAAUAAAGAAGACCAGAAGGCUGCGCAAAGCGGGGGCCGAUGCGCCGCUUCGAAAGUGUACUGGCUCAUUUGAGAAGAAGUCCCAAAUGGACAAAGGCGAAAAAGUGAAUAGGGGUGAAACAUCCAAAUUGGCUGAGAAGCCCAAAAGGGGUGAAAAAUUCAAAAUGAAUACACACCCCCUACGCGGCCGCUUCACCGAGCAGGAGAGGCACCCAGAGGAUGACUCACCCAAGGAAGACAACACCAUUAAGCUAGGUGACGACAACAUGAAUCUAGCUUACGACAACAUGAGGCUAGGUCACAACACCAUGAUCUAUAACAAAAACGAAAAUGGAUAUAUGAACCUAUACAAAGAAGUAAAAAAAGGCAGCGGAGCUAACGAAGCGGUGACCGUUGGAACGUACUCACUGGGCAGGCUGGCAUCCAUUAUAGAGAAGAGUCACGCGGAGGCAGAUAUUCCUAAGAACCCUAGUCACCAAAAAACGAACAAGAAAAUUGAAGAAUUUGUCUUUAAUGAAAAUUUAAAAGAUAUCAGCAUUACGUCGCAUAAUGUGAGUCGAAAGAGUUCCAAAAAUUGUAUUAAGUAUCAUCUGUCCCAGGGGGAGAUCGCUCAGGAGGAAAACAGCCACAUUUUGAACGAGCUAAAUGAAUGUAGAGAAGCCUCUGGAGAGGGAUCACACGGACCAGAAAAGGUCCAACCCAAUAGGUACUCAAACUGCAAUGAAGCGGAUGUCAUAAAGUCAAUCUCAACAAUGUCCAGUAAGGAAGACACCAAGCUGGAUGGGGAAAGCAGACCCAUAAAUAUGCCAUCUUUCAGAUUAGCUAACAGUCCUUAUGCUACAACUCAUAAUAAUAUUUUCAGAAAGAGUUCCACUUCGUUUGGUGAACUGGCUAAGAGUCCCUCCAGGGACAUCUCAAAAAAUUCUUUAGGGAAUUUGCGGGACUAUGUCAGGCGUCAACUAAGCGACUCGCAGAGCGAUGAGAUGAGCCAUCAGCUGCGUCACCAACUGAGCAGCGAAAGGAGCCACCAGAUGAGCAUCGGAUUAAAAUCAGACCCUGAGGAAUCAGAGGAAGAACAAAACAUCGCCAACGCAGCUGCGGUUUCAGUGAGGAGGGAGGGCGAUUUCCCGAAAGGAGGGUUGCAAGAAGUGAAUGGAUCCUUGGAGGGAGAAAAGAAGAAAAGGCAACAGUAUCUCAGCAGGGGGUUCCAGGCCUACGCUCACAUAGUGUUAUCUGAAUCGAACGUCAUCACGAGAAAUUGCACCGUGUCCUUUGACUAUGCGUCUAAAAGAGUCUGUAUAGCAAGAAACAGAAAAGUGUUUAAUAUCGAUGUGGAUAAAUUGUAUGUACAGGAGAUACCCACUUAUGAAGUUGGCCUAGGUGUGGUCGAAUUGGUACUUUCAGAGAGGAGGUCCCGGGUGCUGCUACUAGAGUCUCGCGAUCUCGUGGGGUUACAGAACUUGGGUGAUGAAAUUGGCUGGAUCAGCACCCCGAAUGGUAAGGAACAGCAAAGGACGGUGAUCCAGGCGAGUCGUGAAUCGGAUGUUCCAUGGGAUAGUCCACCCCUAAAGCUUAAUACACUGUGGGGAAGAGGCACUAUAAAAAGGCGUCUUUAG